CUGCAAGAGCCGCCAAGCCCUCCGCGUCUCGGGCACCCUGGCCUGGCUUCCUGGACCGCCGGGCCGCGCCCCUGAGCGCAGCUGCCCGUUGCGACUCGGCCUCCUUGGGAAAAGGGACCCGGGCCUGGGGUUAGCCUGGGGCAGGAGUCGGGUGAAGGUUGCCGAACUCUCCCCCUGGCUGGACACGUGGGGUUUGACAGCUUGCCGGACCAGUUGGUGAAUAAGUCAGUCAGCCAGGGCUUCUGCUUCAACAUCAUGUGUGUGGGAGAGACAGGUUUGGGCAAGUCCACCCUCAUGGACACCCUGUUCAACACUAAGUUCGAGGGGGAGCCAGCCACCCACACACAGCCAGGUGUCCAGCUUCGGUCCAAUACCUAUGACCUCCAGGAGAGCCACGUGGGGCUAAAGCUCACAAUUGUUAGCACGGUGGGCUUUGGGGACCAGAUCAACAAGGAGGACAGCUACAAGCCCAUCGUGGAAUUCCUCGAUGCCCAAUUCGAAGCCUACCUGCAGGAGGAGCUGAAGAUCCGCAGGGUCCUGCACACCUACCACGACUCUCGCAUCCACGUCUGCUUAUACUUCAUCGCCCCCACGGGUCAUUCCCUGAAGUCUCUGGACCUAAUGACGAUGAAGAAGCUGGAUAGUAAGGUGAACAUAAUCCCCAUCAUUGCCAAAUCAGAUGCCAUUUCUAAGAGUGAGCUAACAAAGUUCAAAAUCAAAAUCACCAGCGAGCUUGUCAGCAACGGGGUCCAGAUUUACCAGUUUCCUACGGAUGACGAGUCGGUGGCAGAGAUCAACGGAACCAUGAACGCCCACCUGCCUUUUGCUGUCGUUGGCAGCACAGAAGAACUGAAGAUAGGCAACAAGAUGAUGAGGGCCCGGCAGUAUCCUUGGGGCACAGUGCAGGUUGAAAAUGAGGCCCACUGCGACUUUGUGAAGCUGCGGGAGAUGCUGCUUCGGGUCAACAUGGAGGACCUCCGGGAGCAGACCCACAGCCGGCACUAUGAGCUGUACCGCCGCUGCAAGCUGGAGGAGAUGGGCUUCAAGGACACUGACCCUGACAGCAAACCCUUCAGUUUGCAGGAGACGUAUGAGGCCAAAAGGAAUGAGUUCCUAGGGGAGCUCCAGAAAAAAGAAGAGGAGAUGAGACAGAUGUUCGUCCAGAGAGUCAAAGAGAAAGAAGCUGAACUCAAAGAGGCAGAGAAAGAGCUGCAUGAGAAGUUUGACCGUCUCAAGAAACUACACCAGGAUGAGAAGAAGAAGCUGGAGGAUAAGAAGAAAUCCCUGGAUGAUGAAGUGAACGCUUUCAAACAGAGAAAGUCCGCAGCCGAGCUGCUCCAGUCCCAGGGCUCCCAGGCUGGAGGCUCACAGACUCUGAAAAGGGACAAAGAGAAGAAAAAACGUGGAUCUUUCAGCUGGAGAAGAGAAAAGAAGUGUUAAUCCUCAGAAGGUCCCUAAUUUUAUCUGCAGUCUAAGGAUUUGAUAUUUUAUAAAUAUUCCAGUCCUAAUUCUGGUCAUGGCUUUGGGAAACCCUUUAAAGUAGAGAGUGCUCCACUGUCAGGCACAGUGGCCUUUGGUGUUUAGCCAGGGCGAGAGUGAGAGCUGGAGGUGAGCUGGCAAUACUCUGUGGCUAACCCGCUCUUUCUCUGCCCUUCCUUUGCAGUAAUCUAUGGCUGUGUACUGAAUAGUAUUCCCGGCUACAGCUGGACUGGACUCCAUUUAGCCUUUUAAGCCAAGGUUCCUAUUUUAACUGACAGCUUUCCUUCGCGGUGCCAGGAAGCUGGGUCCCCUGCCCCUACCAUGUACUUCCACUUCAAGCACCACCUCUUUUUUUGAGUUCUGCCUCCCAGUGUCACUGGCACUGACCAUGACUUCAUUUUUUUAAAAAAAAUUUUUGAGGGUAUUUUUGUUGUUGUUACUUUCUUUGGAAACAGUCUAUCAAGGCUAUGUCAAAUAGUCAGGCCGUUUUUUGAAGAGUUGAGCAUGGGAAGAGGGUUUCUAUCUUUAAUAAUAGAUAAGAGGAAGCAAAAAGUAGAAAAAAUGAAAAGCAAACAUAUGCACACGUUACCUUUUCUUGUUGGUUAAGCAAGAGUACAGCUUUGAUAUGUAUUGUUUGGUGAGUCACUGAUUUGUUAGUGGCCACAGGCAAAAAAGAAAGGGGUUGCUGCCAAAGCUUAAGCUAGUUUCUUGAAAAAUCCAAGUCUCAUGGAGCAUUUUAGGAGACUCUAUGCUUAGCAGUUUGAAAAAAAAAAAAAAGAACUUGGAUACUCAGCCAGUAGCUCAGAGAGAUGCUAAGUUAGGGCUGUCAAGCCCUCUGGAGAAAGGCUUAUUUGCAGCUUUGAUGUUUCCAGUCCAGUUUCACAGAUGCUUCUGCACAAAUCCCAAACUUAAAAACAACCAACUGGCUUCCAUCCCCUCUGGGUAAUUAUUUUUGUCACAAAUAGAGCCUCCUCAUUUGCAUUUGUUUACAGAUUAAGUACUUGUGGCUUGAAGAGCUCUGAAAACUUCAAAAGUUUUAGAGCCAUACAGUCUGAAAGACCUUCAGAGCCUAGGCAGGAAUUUCAUAUUAAGGGAGAAAUUUUGGUCCACAAGACAGACAUGACCCACUUUUUUCUUUUUUAAAAAAGAUAUAUUUUUAUUGAUUUCAGAGAGGAAGGGAGAGGGAGAGAGAGAUAGAAACAUCAAUGAUGAGAGAGAAUUAUUGAUCAGCUGCCUCCUGCACGCUCCCUACUGGGAUUGAGCCUGCAACCCGACCAGCAAUGGAACCACGACCUCCUGGUUCAUAGGUUGAUGCUCAACCACUGAGCCACGCUGGUCGG